AUGAAAUUUCUUGCUAACAGUCUCACUAUAUAACCCUCACUCUUCCGCAAAUCCCCGCGCCCUUCAGGUCGAUGUGCCCUUCCUAUCCAAAAAAUUGAAAAAAUAAAAUAAAAUUUGCUUCGCUCUAGUUACAGUCGUAUCCCUCGCACUUCCGCCACUGCCGCCGUCGCAGCUCCGGCGGUUUUAUCCAAAACCCAAAAAAAUCGUUAUCAAUAGUUAGGGUAUACAUUUUGGUAACGCAUUUCCGAGAGUUAAUUCAUAUAUAAAUUUGUUGUUGAAUCUUGUAGAAGAAACUUGAUACCAAUCAAUGGCGCAAAUUCACGAGACUGACGCGGUGGCUCAGGAGGCGAAUCAGCCGAUGCCGACGUCUUUGUACGUCGGAGAUCUUGACACUGAGAUCAACGAUUCGCAGCUUUACGAUCUCUUCAACCAGAUCGGCCAGGUUGUUUCCGUUCGGGUCUGCAGGGACUUGGCCACUCAGCAAUCGCUUGGUUAUGGCUAUGUCAAUUUCACUAACCCUAAGGAUGCCGCGACGGCGUUGGAUGUGCUGAAUUUCACUCCGCUGAACGGCAAACCGAUUAGGAUAAUGUACUCUCAUCGUGACCCUAGUGUUCGGAAGAGUGGUGCUGCUAAUAUUUUUGUGAAGAAUUUGGAUAAGUCAAUUGAUCAUAAAGCUCUAUAUGAUACCUUUUUGGUUUUCGGAAAUAUUCUGACUUGCAAGAUAGCUACGGAUGGUUCUGGCCAGUCUAAAGGCUAUGGUUUUGUGCAAUUUGAGAAUGAAGAAUCUGCACAAAAUGCUAUUGACAAUUUCAAUGGCAAGCUGAUUGGUGAUAAGGAGGUCUAUGUUAGUCAUUUCCAACGAAAGCAGGACAGAGAGAAUGCUGCUCUCGGUGGCGGGAAGUUUAAUAAUGUCUAUGUGAAAAACCUAUCUGAGGCGAUGACGGAUGAUGACUUGAAGAAAAUAUUUAGUGAAUAUGGAACUAUUACUAGUGCCGUAGUGAUGAGAGAUGUUGAUGGGAAAUCGAAAUGUUUUGGUUUUGUCAAUUUUGAAAAUGCAGAUGAAGCUGCUAAAGCUGUGGAUGCACUUAAUGGAAAGAAAUUUGAUGAUAAGGAGUGGUAUGUCGGAAAAGCCAAGAAAAAGUCUGAAAGGGAGCUUGAACUGAAAGAACAACAUGAGCAGAGUAUGCAGGAAACAGUUGACAAAUAUCAAGGCGCAAACUUGUAUCUCAAGAACUUGGAUGACAAUGUUGAUGAUGAAAAACUCAGGGAACUGUUCUCUGAGUUUGGUACAAUAACUUCUUGCAAGAUUAUGCGAGAUCCACAUGGAGUUAGUAGAGGAUCUGGAUUUGUUGCAUUUUCAACUCCUGAGGAAGCAACUCGAGCUCUUGGUGAGAUGAAUGGUAAAAUGGUUGAUGGAAAACCUCUUUAUGUUGCCCUUGCACAGAAAAAAGAAGAGAGAAGGGCAAAGUUACAGGCACAAUUUUCACAAAUGAGGCCAGUUACCAUGGUCUCUUCUAUUGCACCUCAUAUGCCUAUGUACCCUCCAGGAGCUGCUGGGAUAGGACAACAAUUUUUGUACGGGCAACCACCCAUCAUACCUCAAGGUGGAUAUUUCCAGCAGCAACUUCUUCCUGGAAUGAGACCAGGUGGUGGUCCAUUGUCAAACUUCUAUGUUCCACUGGGGCAUCAGGGUCAACAAGGUCAGCGCCCAGGUGGACGCCUAGGAGCAGGCCCUAUGCAACAACCCCAGCAGCCAGUGCCACUUAUGCAGCAACAGAUGCACCCAAGGGGACGUGUCUAUCGAUAUCGUCCUGGUCACAACCUGCAAAAUGUUCCACUGCCGGGAGCAGCUGGUGGCGUGGGAGUGUCCAUUCAGGCCCUGGCUACAGCCCUUGCAGAUGCUACUCCUGAAAAGCAGAGGACUAUGCUUGGUGAAGUUUUGUACCCGCUAGUAGAUAAGCUGGAGCAUGAUGCAGCAGCAAAGCUCACAGGUAUGCUUUUGGAGAUGGACCAGACUGAGGUUUUACAUCUGAUUGAGUCACCAGAUGCUCUCAAGGCGAAAGUUGCUGAAGCGAUGGAUGUGCUGAGGAAUGUUGCUCGCCAGCAAUCAAACACCCCUAUCGAUCAACUGGCUUCUCUCUCUCUGAAUGACCUGUCUUAGAUUCUUAUAAAAAAAUGUCUUAGUUUUCUUUGAACAAUCUCUGAAUUAUCAACUGGUUUCUGUUUCAGUUUUACUUCGGUUGUUUGAUGUGACCAAACUAGAUUUCAGUUUUUCAUCUGAACCCAGACACUUGAAUACAAGCGAUAACUCAUGUUUCUUUUUC